AUGACUCUCUUUGCAAACUCGGGCGCUCUCGCUUCCUCUCGGCUGGGCCCGCUCACUGCACACAUUUACACACCAACUCGCGGGAGUUGCCCCAACACUCGUCCUGAAGCUUUUCCUGAGCUCCCCAACACUAAGAAAGGCAAGGUGGUCAAACUCGGGGCGCCGCUGGGCCAGACCAAAUCUUCCCCAUUCGGGAUUGUCCCCUCCCCGGCCUGCGGGCCCCGAGUCUUGGGUAGAGGGAAGAAAGUUACCGCGUUGCCGGCGUCCCGGCUCCUCUCACGGCCCCUGGACUCGCCCUCCGCCGAGGGCCCGGGAGGCUCCGCGGGCGCCCUCCGGAGGCGUCGGGCCCCAAGCGCCGGAGGGGGGCCCCACGCGCGCUGGCCGCCUCCCCCGCGCCCCGGAAGUUUGCGAACUCACUCCGCCACAGCGCCCCGCGGGACGCGCGCCCCAACCCCGCCAGCUCGCGCGCCUAGGUGGCCGGGUGCGGAGGGCCGCGGCGGCGGGGCGGCCCGAGAGCAGAAAUCGCUGUCCAGCCCCAUUGGCGGAACCGCCCGGGCCGCGGGGCUGACUCAACCCGCCCGGCCGCACUCAACGGCGCCUUCCGGCGAAAGGGAGAGGACUCGACUCGAGGGGCGCCCGGGCCCGCGCGGAGGCGGCGGCCUGGCCUCGAUUGGGGAGGGGGUUCUGGCUCCGCGCCGCUCCCCAUGGACGCCCCCGGCCCAGCCCCGAGGCCGCGCCGGUGUAACCCGAUCCCCCUCGGCCGCCCGCCCCCGCCCGGCGCGGCGGCCGCCGCCGGAGCCACAGUAUCUGCAAAUCAGCCCUGGACAGCGCCUCGCUCCGCGUCCUUCCGCGCCCUCCCCCUGCCGCUGCCGCCGCUGCCGCCGCCGCCGCCCGGCCGGCCCUCCCCCACUGCGACUGAGCCCCCAGCCCUCCGCCGCGCUUACCGGCCGUCCUAGGGGAGGAGGGGCCGGCGACCCGGAGUCGCCGCUCCUUCUCCGACUACUUUUCUUUGUUGCUGGAGUUUCGGGGGGAGGGGAGUGGGAGGAUGGAAAAGUUGGGCGCUGGGGACGUCGAGGCCCGCAAGGCCCAAGAGAGGGACUACAGAGAGUGCUCAAGCCGCCGGCUCUCGCCACGCCGUCCCAGGCGCCGCCGCCGCCGCCGCCGCCGGGGUCUGUGGCCCGGGGCCUCGGCGGCGCUUGCUCUUCUGCUGCACCGCGAGCUCGCGGGAGCCGCACAUUCCAGCACAGGAGGCUGCGCCGCGCACCCAGCCCGCGCCGCCGCCGCCGCCGCCCGCGAGACACGCCCCCUCCACCGCCCGCGCGCGCCCGCGGGACACGCCCACCCCGCCGCCCGCGCGCGUGGCCGCCCGGCGCGCCCCGCCCCUUGGCGAAGGGGGUUGCCCUGGGCCGUGGCUGGGCUGUGGGCGCGCCUAGGGGGAGCCGCACCUAA